UACGGGUGUCUUUUAGAGGGGAGCGGUCCCGCUUCUGCCUGCCCCGCCGCGAGGUGGCCAAAACCCCGGUCUCCUUUCCCCCGCAGCGCGGACGCCUCCGAGAAGGCCGCGCUCAUUGUCUCUCACACAAACCCUGGCAAACAGGAAGCCACCUCGGCAAAGGAGGAGGGGGGGCACCCUCAGCGUAGGAGCGACAGCCCGGUCCAGCCAGUGACGGCGCGGAGCUCGGCGGCCCGCAGCCAAUCAGCUGACGGGAGCGUCUUGGGAAGGCGGAAGUUCCGGGCUGGCGGGCAAGGCGGUGGUGGUGGUGGCGGCGGAGUCGGCCGGGCCCCCUCUUCCCUUGCUGCAAGCCCCACCUUUCGGCUUCCUCGCACCGUCAAUCAAAAUAGGGGAAAACCCCGGAGUGGGCUCCAGGCCGCCGCCGCCACCUCCACCAGCAGCAGCACCGCCGCCGCCGCCCGAGCUCACCAUAAGCAUGUCCCCGGCAGCAGCCGCGGCCGCCUCGCCUUAGUGGCAACAGCAGCAGCAGCAGCGGCGCAAGCGGGGCCUGCGCGCGCCGGGCGGGGGGGGGGGGGAAGAGAGAGAGAGCGCCAGCCAGCCAGCCAGCGCUCGCUCGCUCUCCUUCCUUCCUGCCUGCCUCUCUCUCUCUCUCGCUCCCUCCCCGCCUGCCAAGUCGGCAGAAGGCGCCCCUGGCCGCUGGCUCCUCCACGCCAUGACGGCUCCCGAGAAGCCCGUGAAACAAGAGGAAAUGGCUGCCUUGGACGUGGACAGCGGCGGCGGCGGCGGCGGCCCCCACGGCGACUAUUUGCAGCAGGGAAACGGGGCCUCGGCAGCCGCUUCGGCCGACGCCUCUGACGAAGCCGGAACUCCCCAGGACACCCAGCCGUCGCCGCUGGCGCUGUUGGCGGCUACCUGCAGCAAGAUCGGGCCGCCGUCACCGGAGGAGGACGACGCCGCUUCUCCAUCUGCCGGAGCGACAGGAGAUUUGACCUCUGUACAGUUAGCAGGAACACCAAAUAGAUGGGAGGUAUUGUCUGCCACACCUACAACUAUUAAAGAUGAAGCCGGCAAUAUAGUACAGAUCCCAGGGGCUGCCACAGUAACUUCAAGUGGACAGUACGUUCUUCCUCUUCAAAGUCUGCAGAAUCAGCAGAUAUUUUCUGUGGCACCUGGUUCAGAUUCAUCAAAUGGUACUGUGUCCAAUGUUCAAUAUCAAGUAAUACCCCAGAUACAGACAGCUGAUGGUCAGCAGGUUCAGCUUGGUUUUGCAGCCUCUUCUGAUAAUGGUAGUGUGAAUCAAGAAACUGGUCAAAUUCAGAUCAUUCCUGCCUCCAAUCAAACCAUUAUUGCCUCUGGAACAUCCUCUAGUAACAUUCAGAAUAUUUUAUCACAGACUGGCCAAGUCCAAGGGGUGACAAUUGGUGGUUCAUCUUUUCCUGGGCAAGCACAGGUAGUUGCUAAUGUUCCUCUUGGACUGCCAGGAAACAUUGCAUUUGUUCCCAUCAAUAGCGUUGAUCUAGAUUCUCUGGGACUAAGUGGUUCUCAAACCAUGACUGCAGGCAUUAAUGCCGAUGGACACUUGAUAAGCACUGCACAGGCAAUGGAUAGUUCGGACACUUCUGACAGGACUGCAGAACAGGUUUCUCCUGAAAUGACGGAAACAACCACCGAUACAGACUUAUUUGUGCCAACGUCGUCAUCCUCACAACAACUGCCUGUAACCAUAGACAAUACUAGUAUAUUAGAACAAAAUUCAAAUAGUUUGCCCUCCACUAGUGGGCAGGUCCACAGUUCAGAUCUUCAGGGAAAUUACAUCCAAACAUCUGUCUCGGAGGAGACACAGGCCCAAAAUAUUCAGGUCUCAACAGCACAGCCUAUUGUACAACAUAUACAGCUUCAAGAAUCUCAACAAACGACGAGUCAGGCUCAGAUUGUACAAGGUAUAGCGCAACAGACAAUCCAUGGUGUGCAAGCCAGCCAAAGUAUAUCACAACAGGCUUUGCAGAAUCUUCAGCUUCAGUUGAACCCUGGGACUUUUUUAAUCCAGGCACAGACAGUGACCCCAUCUGGGCAAAUAACUUGGCAAACAUUUCAAGUCCAAGGAGUACAGAACUUGCAGAACUUGCAGCUUCAAAAUGCUCCUGGCCAACAAAUAACAUUGACACCUGUGCAGACUCUCACUCUUGGUCAAGUUGCAGCAGGUGGGGCCUUGACUUCGACUCCGGUUAGUCUAAGUACUGCUCAGUUGCCAAACCUACAAACAGUUACCAUAAAUUCCAUAGACUCUGGAGGUAUUCAACUGCAUCCCGGAGAAAAUGCUGACAGUCCUGCAGAUAUUAGGAUUAAAGAAGAGGAGCCUGAUCCAGAAGAAUGGCAACUUGGUGGUGAUUCUACACUGAAUACCAAUGACCUGACACAUUUGCGGGUGCAGGUGGUGGAUGAGGAAGGGGACCAGCCGCACCAAGAAGGAAAAAGAUUGCGAAGGGUAGCUUGCACUUGCCCCAAUUGUAAAGAAGGUGGUGGAAGGGGCACCAAUUUGGGAAAGAAGAAACAACACAUCUGUCACAUACCAGGAUGUGGGAAAGUCUAUGGAAAAACAUCACAUUUGAGAGCUCAUCUUCGUUGGCAUUCUGGAGAGCGUCCAUUUAUUUGUACGUGGAUGUUUUGCGGAAAAAGAUUUACGCGUAGUGAUGAGCUACAGCGACACAGGAGAACACAUACAGGUGAAAAGAAAUUCGUCUGUCCAGAAUGUUCCAAGCGCUUCAUGAGAAGUGAUCAUCUUGCCAAACACAUCAAAACCCAUCAGAAUAAAAAAGCUAUUCAUGCUAGCAGUACAGUGCUUGCAUCGGUCGAAGCAACACCAGAGGAUACUUUGAUUACUGCAGGCGGAACAACGCUUAUCCUUGCUAAUAUUCAACAAGGUUCUGUUUCAGGGAUAGGAACUGUUAAUACAUCUGGCACCAGCAAUCAAGAUAUUCUUACCAAUGCUGAAAUACCUUUACAGCUUGUUACCGUUUCCGGAAAUGAGACAAUGGAAUAAAUAUACACAAAAUACCUAUUAAUUGUGGUUAUUUUUAUACAGUAGUGAGAAGAAUAUUGUUCCUAAGUUCUUAGAUAUCUUUUUAUUGAUGUGCAAAAAUUUUUGGAUUGACAGUAACUUGGUUAUACAUGACACUGAAAUGCCUUACUUUGUAUGAUAUUCCAUAGUAUAUUAAAAUGGUAAAAUUGCAUGAGUUUUGUAGGUACUUUUGGAAUCUAGAAGAGAUUAAAUUUUACCAACUUGUAUAAAAAGAAAUUUAACAAUGGAAAUGGUAGUCUAAUCAAAUGCAUCAAUCCUUUGUGGUUUAGUGUAAAAAUGAGAACAUGUUGGUAUUUAUCUAUUGUAAGAUAAAAGUUGAUUGGUGAAAAGAAAUCAUGUUAUGAUAAAAGAAAUUUUGUAAUUUUCUUGACUGGAAUUUUUAUUAUGCAUAACUGACAAAUCAAGUUUCCAAGCAAAUGUUUCAUUGUAUAGGCUUUACUUAGCUCAUCAAGUUGUCAUUUUGAAGCUAAUUAUUUUAAUUAGGUUAACUAUGUACAAUAUUUUAAGCAUUACUCUUGUAAGAUUUUGAAAAUUACAUUUUAACAUGGAGCUCUAGGGAUAGUCACCUUUUAAAUCCUGUUGAAAAGCCAUGUUUAAAGUUUAAUUUUGCCAAAAUAAUGUCUUGUUAAUAAUAUUCUUUAAGUAACUAAUUUGGGCAAUAUAACUGAUGUUUAAAAUUAUUCAAGGCUUAAAUAAAAAUAAGUUGCUGCAUUUUGGGUGAUGAAACAAAAAUAAAGAUACCCUUUUCUUGAAUAUUGGAGGACCAAAAAUUAAGGGUAUCCAUGUCAAUUGCAAUUUUUAUCUAACUUUGUCUCCAAAUACAUCUGUCUGCCAGGGCCUUAAAAGCCAUCAUGUAAAUUUUCAGUAAAAAAAAAAAAGACACACACAUAAGCACUCAGACACAGACACACAUAUACAAAUGCAAAUAAUAGAAAAUCAUUUCCAUAGGGACAAUAGUCCAUAUUAAUAUUAGUGAUAGUGGAAUAAGGGUUUUACAACGCUUUUUUCUGCCAAGCUUUGGUUAGUUGAGCUGCAUUUAAAUAUCCACAUCUUUCCUUUAUGCUUCCCUUAAAUUGUAUGUAUCCAGUACAUUUAACUGAUAAACAUAUAUGUUUUUUAUUAAGCUGAUUUUUUUAUUUUUUAAUUACUGUUUAUAUUUUCAACUAUAAAAUAUGUACACUCUUAAUUUGCAUAGCCAAGUCUGUAAGUGCUCUACCGUUUUACAAAAAAAAAAGUACAAUAAUUGCAACAGUUCACUAUUUACAAACAUUUGGAAAAUCUGUUCAUUUGUUCAAACCACCUCAAAUUUAAAGGCUACCUUAUUGUACGUCUAAAGUGUAUUAUAACAGUGUGGUAGUUAAUAAAACACUAUUUUUUUUC